UUCCCUUCCCUCUCUUCCUUGCGGGGCGUGAGGAGCCAUGCCUGGGCUCCGGGGGAGAGUGGCAUCGUCGGGGCUGCCCUGCCUGGCCCUGGCCCUUCUUCUGCUGCUGCUGCUGCUGCUGCCUCUGGCUCCGCUGGAAGGGCUGCCGCUGAGGAGGCUCCGUAGCCCCCCGGGGCCCAGGGCCAGGAGCCCGCCUUCGCCGCAGAUCUCAACUUCACCUGACAUGGCUUCAAUCAAAGAAAGGGAGUUGCCACAGUCUAACAAGGUUCGGAACCUGAGGCGAAAUGGACAAGCCAUGCCACGCCGACAGAAGCGCCGUUGGCAGUUGCAUCCUGCCACCAAGAACCAGUUGCAGUCCCUUCAGCCAGGUGGUACAGUUCAGGAAGAGAGCACACCCUUUGUGCUGGAUUUACAAAACCUGCCGGGCUUAGCCAAUGUGGAUCUGAGUGCCCAGAAUCCAAACAUCCAGGUAACCAUAGAGGUAGUGGAUGAUCCUCAGGCAGAGAUGGAGAUGGACUUGCUGAAGGAAACUAGCAAUGACUGGUCUCUGACUUCCUCAGAGUGGCUGUCCCAUAAAGAUCUCUUCUGGCCUCUUUUCUGGGAAUACACAGACCCUGUAGAGGAUGGUGAUGAAGAUGACAACUUGGACUCAAGGAGCAGGGGUGAGGGAGAGGAGGAAGAAGAUGAAGACUAUACUUCAGAGUAUGAUGAAGAGGAAACAGUGCUGAGUGGAGUGGGAGGUGACUGGGAUCAGAGGUGGCCCAGACAGAAGAACUGGAUUUUCAAAGAGAAGUAUAAUUAUGACUAUGAAGAUGAAGAGGAGUGGAGUCCCUGGUCUCCCUGCAGUGUAACCUGUGGCAGUGGCAAUCAGAAGAGAACCCGCUCUUGUGGCUAUGCGUGUACUGCCACUGAAUCGAGAACUUGUGACUUGCACCGGUGCCUUGGAGCAGAUGGGGAGUUGGAUCUCACCACUGAAGAGGCACCCUAUGAAGCAGAAAAUUCCACAGGGAUCCUAAACUCAGAUGUGGACAGUUGUGAAAAGUGGCUUAACUGCAAAAGUGACUUCCUCAACAAAUAUCUAAGCAAAGUGCUCUCUGACCUGCCCAGCUGUCCUUGUUCCUACCCCCUGGAAGCUGUGUACAGUGCCGUCAACUUGCGGGAUGAGAGGCAGGGCAAGAACUUCCGCUGGCGGGAUGCCAGUGGGCCUAAGGAACGACUGGACAUCUACAAGCCCACUGCCCGUUUCUGCUUACGGUCCAUGCUCUCUCUGGACAGCACCACGCUGGCUGCGCAGCACUGCUGUUACGAUGAAAACACCAAGCUCAUUACGCGAGGCAAAGGGGCUGGAGCCCCUAAUCUCAUCAGUACGGAGUUCUCCCCUGAGCUGCACUACAAAGUGGACAUGCUGCCAUGGAUUCUCUGCAAGGGCGACUGGAGCAAGUAUCAUGUGGUGCGGCCGCCCAAUAAUGGGCAGCAAUGUACUGACAAUCCGCCAGAGGAUGAAUAUCUCUCUCAACUACAGGAAGCCAAGGAAUAUUAGCAAAGCUAGAAAAGGUGGCUUUGAAGAGCACAAAACCUUUGGUCUACUACACAGCAUUCUAGAGAGCAGAAUGGGAUCUCUUGCCACCACCCUGCUUUUUUAUCAAUGAAGAGUUUUGGUUCAUGGUGGUUACAGAGUCAUCCUUUGCAUUCCAUUCCCUUUGUAAUAAAGUAAUCUGUAAGGAAUUGGAUGCAUAGAUUCUGCAAUGGCUCUGGGCACACCUUCUUUGUAGGGACCUUCAUGUUAUUUCCUGGCAGUGGCAUCGCCUAGCAAUUCUUAUGGUCCAGCUGGCUCAG